AUGUUUUCACUGUGCAAGCAGCCGCACGAGGCGACGGCGGUGGAGUUUUCCCUAACGUGUCACUUCUUUAAUCAUGGCGAAAAGUCGCUCAUCACCGGCGGUGCCAACGUGCUCAAGGUGUACCGCAUCAUCCCCGAUGCGGAUCCGGCCGCGCGCGACAAGUACACCGGUUCCCGGCCACCGAACAUGAAGCUCGAGUGUAUGACCUCGUACCGGCUGUUCGGCAACAUCAUGUCCAUGCAGUCGGUCUCGCUGGCCGGCGCGCAGCGCGAUGCCCUGCUGAUCAGCUUUUCCGAUGCCAAACUGUCGGUGGUACAGUUCGAUCCGGACAACUUCGACCUCAAAACGCUCUCGCUGCACUACUUCGAGGACGAGGACAUACGGGGCGGCUGGACGGGCCACUACCACAUUCCGAUGGUGCGCGUCGACCCGGACAACCGGUGUGCGGUGAUGCUGGUCUACGGUCGGAAGCUGGUCGUGUUGCCGUUCCGCAAGGACAGUUCGCUCGACGAGAUUGAGAUGCAGGACGUGAAACCGAUCAAGAAGGCCCCGACGCUGCUCAUCGCCAAGACACCCAUCCUGGCGUCGUACAUCAUCGAGCUGAAGGAUUUGGACGAAAAGAUCGACAACGUGAUCGAUGUGCAGUUCCUCCACGGCUACUACGAGCCGACGCUACUGAUCCUCUAUGAACCGGUUCGAACGUUCCCCGGUCGAGUCGCGGUCCGGUCGGAUACCUGCACGAUGGUCGCCUUGUCGCUCAACAUCCAGCAGCGGGUCCACCCGGUGAUCUGGACCGUCAACAGUCUCCCGUUCGACUGCAUACAGGCGAUACCGAUCAACAAACCGAUCGGGGGCUGCCUGGUGAUGUGCGCCAACUCGCUGAUCUACCUCAACCAGAGCGUGCCACCGUACGGGGUCAGUUUAAACAGCAGCGCCGACCAUAGUACCAGCUUCCCGCUAAAACCCCAGGAUGGUGUGCGGAUCAGCUUGGACGCGGCGCAGGUGUGCUUCAUCGAGACGGAGAAGCUUGUGCUGUCGCUGAAGGGAGGCGAGCUGUACGUGCUGACACUGUGUGCCGAUUCGAUGCGAAGCGUAAGGAGCUUCCACUUCAGCAAGGCCGCGGCCAGCGUGCUCACGAGUUGCAUAUGUGUGUGUGAGGACGAGUAUCUGUUCCUCGGGUCCCGGUUGGGCAACUCGCUGUUGCUGCGGUUCAAGGAGCAGGACGAAAGCCUGGUGAUCACGAUCGACGACGGGGGGACGGUGGAGAAGGAACCGAAGCGGUUGCGGCUGGAGGAAGAGGAGCUGGAGGUGUACGGUAGCGGGUACAAGACGUCGGUGCAGCUGACGAGCUACAUUUUCGAGGUGUGCGACAGCGUGCUGAACGUGGGCCCGAUCGCGCACAUGGCCGUCGGCGAGCGGGUGUGCGAGGAAACGAUGGAGGACGGGGCGGACGUACAGUUCGUGCCGAACAAGCUCGACGUCGAGGUGGUGACGGCGAGCGGUCACGGCAAGAACGGGGCCCUGUGCGUGCUGCAGAGCUCGAUCAAACCGCAGGUGAUCACGAGCUUCGGUUUGUCCGGCUGCCUGGACGUGUGGACCGUGUUCGAUGAAGCGGCCGGCUCGGCGAGUGCUGACGGCAGUGCCGUACCCGCUCCGAACCACGCGUUCAUGAUCCUUUCGCAGGAAGCGGGCACGAUGGUGCUGCAGACGGGCGACGAGAUCAACGAGAUCGAGAACACCGGUUUCGCGACCACGGUGCCGACCAUCCACGUCGGCAACAUCGGAUCGAACCGGUUCAUCGUGCAGGUGACGACGAAAUCGAUCCGCCUGCUGCAGGGCACGCGGCUGCUGCAGAACAUCCCGAUCGACCUCGGGUGCCCGCUGGCCUCGGUGUCGAUCGUGGACCCGUACGUGUGCGUCCGUUCGUCCGAGGGCCGCGUCAUCACGCUGGCGCUGCGCGAAGGCAAGGGAACGCCGCGGCUGGCGGUGAAUAAGAACACGAUCAGCCCUUCGCCGGCGGUCGUAGCGAUCGGGGCGUACCGUGACGUGUCCGGACUGUUCACGCGCAAGCUGGAAGACGUGUACGAGCUGGGCGGGCGAGUCGGCGCCACGUCCGCGUACUCGAGCGGGUUCGGCUCGAUGAAGCCGGAACCGGCUAUGAAGAUCGAGGACGAGGAAGACCUGCUGUACGGUGAGUCGGGCCGCUCGUUCAAGGUGACGUCCAUGGCCGAUAUGGCGCUCGCCGGCAAGGGCGGUGCGCAUGGUGACUUCUGGCAGAAGUACAUGCAGCCGGUCAAGCCCACGUACUGGCUGCUGGCGGCCCGGGACAAUGGGACGCUCGAGCUGUACUCCAUGCCCGACCUCAAGCUGGCCUACCUCAUCACGAACGUGGGCAACGGCGCGAAGGUGCUGUCCGACUCGAUGGAGUUCGUGCCACUACCGCUCGUGCCGAAGGUGGCACCCGGCACGGGCGGAGCGGCCCAGGAUGAAGCGUCCGGUGCCGCCUCCUUCGGGAGCUCGUUCGCCGGUGGUGCGUUACCGGCGGCCCUGUUGCCGCGCGAAAUCCUGAUGGUGGCGCUUGGGGCGCACGGUUCGCGGCCGCUCCUCUUCAUCCGGCUCGAGCACGAUCUGCUGAUCUACCGCGUGUUCCGCUACGCCAAGGGUCAUCUGAAGUUGCGCUUCAAGCGACUUUCGACCAGCGUCGCGUGUCCAAACUUCCGCACCGUGCCGAGCCGGCACAAGGCUAGCGACGACAAGGAACCGGAAGCACCGAACGCGAGUGGCGAGCUGCUCGCGGCGAAGGUUCUGUACGAGAACAUUUCCAUGAUACGGUACUUUGGCAACGUGGCCGGGUACGCCGGGGUGGCCGUUUGCGGGGAGAAACCGCACGUCCUCUUUCUGACCGCCCACGGCGAGCUGCGGUCGCACCGGCUGUACGGGCGCACGGUGAUGAAAGCGUUCGCGCCGUUUAACAACGUCAACUGCCCGAACGGGUUCCUGUACUUCGACGAGCAGUACGAGCUGAAGAUCUCGAUCCUGCCCACCUACCUGUCGUACGACAGUGUGUGGCCGGUGCGCAAGAUCCCGCUGCGCAGCUCCCCGAAGCAGAUCGUGUACCACCGGGAGAACCGGGUGUACUGCGUGGUGAUGGACGCGGAGGAGAUCUGCAACAAGUACUAUCGCUUCAAUGGCGAGGACAAGGAGCUGACGGAGGAGAACAAGGGCGAGCGGUUCCUGUACCCGAUGGGCCACCGCUUCUCCGUGGUGCUGGUCACGCCCGCCGCCUGGGAGAUCGUGCCGGACACGUCGAUCGGUCUCGAGGAGUGGGAACACGUGGUGGCGCUCAAGAACGUGAGUCUCGCGUACGAGGGGGCCCGGUCGGGCCUGAAGGAGUACAUAGCGGUGGGCACAAACUUCAACUACAGCGAGGACAUCACGUCCCGCGGCCGGCUGCUGCUGUACGACAUCAUCGAGGUGGUGCCGGAGCCGGGCAAGCCGCUCACGAAGCACAAGUUCAAGGAGGUGAUGGUGAAGGACCAGAAGGGCCCGGUGUCGGCCAUCUCGCACGUGUGCGGCUUCCUGGUGGGCGCCGUCGGCCAGAAGGUGUACCUGUGGCAGAUGAAGGACGACGAUCUGGUCGGCGUGGCGUUCAUCGACACGCACAUCUUCGUGCACCAGAUGGUGUCGAUCAAGUCGCUCAUCCUGGUGGCGGACGUGUACAAGUCGGUCAGCUUGCUGCGCUUCCAGGAGGAGUUCCGUACGCUGUCGCUCGUGUCGCGGGACUAUCACCCGCUGAGCGUGUACCAGGUCGAGUACGUGGUCGACAACGCCAACCUGGGCUUCCUGGUGGCGGACGAUCAGGCGAAUCUGAUCACCUACAUGUACCAGCCGGAGUCGCGCGAAUCGUUCGGUGGGCAGCGUCUGCUGCGGAAGGGCGACUACCACCUGGGGCAGCGCGUGAACGCCAUGUUCCGGGUGCAGUGUGACUUUCACGAGCCGGAUGCGGCGCGGCGCGCACCCAACUACGACAACAAGCACACGACGUUCUUCGCGACGCUCGACGGAGGCUUCGGGUUCGUGUUGCCACUGCCGGAGAAAACGUACCGGCGACUGUUUAUGCUGCAGAACGUGCUGCUCACACACUCACCGCACAUCGCCGGCCUCAACCCGAAGGCGUUCCGGACGAUCAAGCAGUCGCGCGCACUGCCGAUCAACCCGAGCCGCCGGUGCGUGGUCGACGGCGACCUGGUCUGGUCGUUUCUCGAGCUGCCCGCGAACGAAAAGCAGGAGGUGGCGAGAAAGAUUGGCACCCGCAUCGAGGAGAUCUGCGCCGAUCUGAUGGAGAUUGAACACGUGACGCAUGCGUUCUGA